UGGGCUGCUGGCGGACCGCCUCUUUCCUCGACCAGGACGACGUCACUGUUUGUGCUAUUCCAGGAAAAAUGGCGGAGGCAGCGGCGAUUCCCCCGCAUCGGUUCUUCUGUCACUGUUGUAAGGGUGAAGUGAGCCCUAAACUCCCGGAAUAUAUCUGCCCUAGAUGUGACUCGGGCUUCAUUGAAGAAGUGACAGAAGAUUCCAGUUUUCUAGAAAACAGUGCAAAUGGCUUAGACGACACGGCCACACAGUUUGCAGAGCUCUGGCGCCUGCUCUUUGUGGACAGGCCGUUCACAGUAGACCUUGACAGUCCCGACUCAGAGCCCCGGGUGCCUGGUGGAGGAGGUGGCGGGGGUCUGGGUCUGGGGCUGGGCGGGGGGAGCUUUGGCGGUUCAGUCCCUGGGGUACUGGGGGGGCCCCUGGGGAGCCCGCUGGGAGGCAGCAGCGAUCACUGGGGCCUGAGUCGCCCUCCGCGUGUCCACACUCAGAGGCGGUACCGGUCCAGAGGGAGCAGUCGACCCGACCGGUCCCCAGCUGUGGAAGGAAUAGUACAGCAGUUUCUCGCUGGUCUCUUUGCCAAUUCAGGAGUUCCAGGCUCCCAGCCUCUGCCGUGGAUGUUGCACUCAAACCCUGGAGACUACGCCUGGGGACAGGGCGGACUGGAUGCAGUCAUCACACAGUUACUGGGCCAGUUUGAGAACACAGGCCCCCCUCCAGCUGACAAGGAGAAGAUCUCGUCCCUCCCCACAGUAAUCAUCUCUCAGGAACAGUCAGACUCUAACAUGGAGUGCCCGGUGUGUAAGGAGGAUUACGCUGCCGGGGAACCCGUCAGGCAGCUGCCCUGUAACCACUUCUUCCACAGCGACUGCAUCGUCCCCUGGCUGGAACUGCAUGACACAUGUCCAGUUUGCAGGAAGUCCCUGAGUGGUGAAGACAGCAGCACUCAGACGCCCACAGAACCCUCGUCCCACAGCACCGAUCCCCGCACACAGGAGAGAUGGUCUUUCUGAAACACACACACACACACACACACACACACACACACACACACACACACACACAAACACACACACUCCCCGUGACCGGCAUCCUUCAGUACGGGCCUUUUCCCACAGUAGUCUGUGUCUUUCUGAAAUACACACCCACAGAAUCUCACACACACACACACACACUCAUACACCACCCGUGGACACCAUUGUCCCUGUCUUUCUUAAUUACACACACACACACACACACACACACACACAAAGCCCUCAGCUUUCUUUUAUCAACCCCAAUCCAUGCACACAGAAGAGAUAGCCUUUCUGAAGAACUCACACACAUACAUACAUACAUACAUACACACACACACGCACACAAUCCUUAACCUGCAUCCUUGGACGUCCCUUGCACAAAAGACAAUUGCUGUCUGAAUUACACCAACACACACACUUUUUGACUGUCUGCCUGUUCGGAUGUUUGCUCCAGCGUCUCUCUAUCAUCUGUCAGUGUGUACAUAUUACUUCUCUCUCUUUUCUCUCAGCCUGUCUGUCUCUCCAUCUCUGUCGUUCUCUCUCUCUCUCUGUCCGCCCUUUUUAUACAGCUACUGUGCAGCCAACAGCGGCUGACACUGAAACAGAUGCAGCCUUGCUCUGACCCGGAAGUGGAACGUAUCAGAGCUCGGCCUGGACCAAACUCGGCUGUUCAGCUGUGUGUGGCCGUUUGCUCCAGUUGUGUGUUUUCCAAAUGCAGAGAUCGUGCUCGUGUGAAGGAGUUCCUCUCUCCGCAUUCUGCAGUUUUGACCUCCCUCUCCUCUCAUGGUUUUGCUUUCUUUUCGCUCCGUUUAGGGAAGCAAAGAUAACCUCAGUGCUCGAGUUCACGCCUCCAGCAUACACCACUUUGCCUUCCUCCCUCUCCCUCGCUUUUUUUUUUUUUUAAA